UUUAGGAAGCAUUCUCAGAGGGCUCCAGUGCACCGUAGUGGCAACACUCUUCCGACUUACUCUCUUGGGAGCCUUGCAAAGUGGUGACACUUGGUCAAAUUUUCCCUUGCAUUUAUCUCACCGGUGUUCGUGGUAGUAUAAUUGAUAUCUGAAAGACACAAGUGUUCAAGAAGAAGUUUUAGUGCUUCAGAGUGAGAACAAUUUGGAACUCUUUCAUUCAUUGAAAUAUUUUCCUUCGUGUAAUCAACCGCACAUUUUGCAAUUUAACGAAUUAUUUACCUAUAAAGAAAAUAUAAAUUUGUAUUACAUUCAAUUCCAUGAUAAUUCACAAUGACCACUGAGCUGGAGAUUGUGAAAGUGACUUCCGUGGAAACGGGACGCUCUACCCCUCAUAGGAGUCCCAGCGAAUCUCCACAUAGUUUACAAAUAAGCAAGCAAUCUACACAAGGAAGCAGCAUCAGCUCCAGUGUUUCAGUGACGCCUUUUUCAAUCGCAGACAUCUUGACCAAAAUGGAAGGUAAGGCAGGCAAUAAUGUGACAGAUAGUGUCGGUGAUUCAUCAUCGAAAGAGACUGAGAAAAACACUGAUGGCGAAAAACCGGAAGAAAACAGUUUGGUGACACUUCAGAGACGCAGAGAAAUUUCCGUUUCUCUCGCCAAGAUCGAGCCGGAAGAAAAUUCUUCGAAUUUUGACAUGUCUAACCAAAUACCAAUUGAUCUCAGCAAGGACGGGCAUCACAUAUUAUGGGGCAGCGCCAGUCCACUGAAACCCGAGCAUCUUGACUCAAUAACAGCGAACAACAACAACACAAUAAACUGCAACAACAAUAAAUUUAUGGCUAACUUUAUUAACAGCAGCAAAUCGAUAAAACUUCUUUCCUCACCGAACUCGGCACACAUUUCCCCCUUAACCAGCACCAUCGGAAAUAACGUGCAUUUACGAGACGUACAUCAAGCGCUGAUGCCCCUAUCAAACGCCUCGUAUUCAAAAUCAAACCACACGUCCAUGAUCGAACAAAGAUUACAUCAGGCUAGGUUAGAGGCCUUUGGAAUGGCCAACGGAAUCAGUCGUCACACGCGUGGCUUGUCACCAGAUAAACCGUUAGUGAAGCCGGGGUCUUUGAGCGCCGAUGCAAACAAUGCUUCAUCGGCAGUGUCCAGCACUGUGCCGGGUCUAAACAACUCAUUGAGCUCUGGAGUUGCUGAUAGUCGAUCAGUGUCUCCAAACUCCAACGUCAGCAUGGAGGAGAUGGACGCGAGCGAUAAAGAUGAUGAUAUUGACGAUAAGAGGGCGAGAUGCGAAGCAACCUCAUCUGAUCAACGCCGAGACUCUGACGAUAAAGAAGGCAGCGAUGCAGACUUCAGCUCUCGAGCAUCAGCUCGCAAGAAGAGGUGUCGCGCAGCGUUCAGCCACGCGCAGGUGUUCGAGCUGGAGCGCAGGUUCGCGCACCAACGCUACCUCUCCGGCCCCGAGCGCGCUGACCUCGCGCAGGCACUCAAACUCACCGAGCAGCAGAUCAAAAUCUGGUUCCAGAACCGGCGCUACAAGACGAAGCGUAAGCAACUUGUCGUCAACUGCGGGGAACCUCCGUCGCCUGGGAGACGUGUUGCAGUUAAGGUUCUGAUGAGGGACGACCAAAUGCUGCUGGGUUCCCCUGAAGGGGAUCUCGUCUCCCCUCGGGGCCCUCCAUCCUUACUGCUGCCCUCGUUUGGCUCCUUACCCCCACCCUUGGGUACUCUAGGAUCCCUAGGUAUUCCCCCAUACUGUUACUACCCAUACCUUUACGGCGGGUCACCCGUUGUAACCCAUUCCUCCAGCACCCAUCAAACCUCGUCGAAUUUCCAGUCGAACUUUUCAUCCAAUUUUCCUUCGCUUCAGGGAUUUUCAAAUUUAACUAAUAAUUUUCCGCAACUUUCCGCACUUUCCGCGGCGUCUUUAUCGUCCCUGACGAACUCUCUGGCGUCGUCCCUCUUGCCAGGGACGACAAUUAACACGUCCCACCAUCCGGCGUCCACAUCACCUAUGGCGAACGGAAUUCGUCCAUCGUCCCAAACUCCACCGUCCCCGACCCGACCUUGA